GGGAAUAAAAAAGGGUAGGGUGCUUCCUCUGGUGUGUCUGAGCGUUAACAUCAGCUGCCUCUAGUCAGAUCCACUAACAAAACAACCUUUUUGGGGUUGUCGAGUUGGCAGAGAGGGCUUGAGCACCAGCACGUUCAGGCUAGGCGAUUGGGUGCCAUAACCACAAGGUUACGAGUUUGAGACACAUGUGCUCCUUGUGUUUAUUCAUUUUAAGUCAAAACCUUUUUGAAAAAAAUAAGAAUUUAUCCAGACAUUUAUUAACUUAUGAUGAUAAUGCAUUUCAUGUGUGGCAUAUAUGUGGAAUGAAAUUAAAAUCAUCAACUCAGCUUACACGCCAUAUCCCAACACACAGUAAACACAAACCACAUGUGUGUAAGGAGUUUGGAAAGGCUAACAGUGAUAGUGAUGUGCUAGUUUGUCAUAUGAAGGUCCAUAGUAGACCAUUCAUCUGUAACAUAAUGUGGAAGGACAUUUGGACGCAGUGAUAUCUUAAAGGUUCAUGAAAGAAUCCACACGGGAGAAAAGCCAUAUAAGUGCAAAAGAUGUGACAAGCUUUGCACAAAAAGUCUCGUUUAUUAAACAUUCAAAGAAAUGUGGAAGAGGGAAAUUAAAUAACAAUGUACAUAACACUAUUGUAGCAAAGUCGUGGCAUAGCCAAGAUUAAUUUAGCAAGGCAAAUGUGAAUAGGCAAGGCAAAUUUAGGCUUAGCAGAUAUAUUUGAUACUACUUUCAUGAAAUUUAGAAAUUUAAUUCCAAAGCACAAUUUUCAGGAAAUUAUUCAGUCAUGCAGGAUUCAAUAUUUUUUGUAUUUUACC